AUGCCGCUGGGCUAUUUGAACCAGGUCUUCGGCGAUGAGGUACUGGGACGUGCUCGGGUGAUGCGCACUCUUCAGGACGGUGUCGACGAUCGAGGAGUACGUGAGGUACAGAUCCGAAACGCCUGGAGCAACCUGGUGUUCAAGGACCCUCUCUGCUCGGAAGGGAACGAACUCGUGGACCUGGGCUGGGCGUUGCACGGAAUCGGCUACCGGCCCGGCUCUUGGAGUUCCGAGCUACGACCUCUGGUCUGCCUGGUGUGCCUGCUUGCUUGGGGGCCUCUCUUCGUCACUCCAUUCACUCCAGGACUGAGACCCUCGCGCCAGGAGUCGCGGAUGGCCCUCAGUGCAGAACCUGCCGCUCCCAAGAAGCCUGGAGGGGCCUACAUGUUGUGGUUGAAAGAGAACCGGGCGCGCAUCGCUGAAUCUCUUGGCGAGGACGGCAAGAAGGUGACGCUGGUCUCCAAGGCUGCUGGUGCAGAGUGGAAGACGCUCUCCGACAAGGUGAAGAAGCCAUUUGUGGACAUGGCUGCCAAGCUUAAGGCGGACUUCCUGGCUGAGAAGGAAGCCUUCGAAAAGCAAGGGGGUGUCAUGCCAGCGAGGAAAAGCAAAAAUGCUGCAAAGGCUGCAAAGGCCAAGAAGACGAAGGACCCCAGUCUACCCAAGCGUCCCAAGAACGCCUACAUGUUGUGGCUGCAAGACCACAGGAAGGAAAUCACAGAUGCACUGGGGCCUGGGCACCAGCCAAAGCAGGUGAUGGUUGAAGCUGGGAAGAGGUGGAAAACGUGUUCGGAUGCCGAGAAAGGCCCUUAUGUGGCACAGGCAUCUGAACUGAAGCAGGCCUACAACAAGCAGAGGCAAGGACAUGUCAAACUUUAA